AUGCCCCCGCGCCGGCGCAUUCUGUGGCCUCGCAAGCCCCCGAGGGCUUCAAGCUUCGAUUCGGCCGAUUUGGUCGGGUCCGGGCUCUGCAAAGCGCGGCCUUUUAAGCUUGACGGCGCCUCCUGCCAAGCAUUCUGCCAGGUCUCGCUGCUGAUAUUGGAGGGAAACAUGGCGGAGAACAUCGAUCUGGUGCUGGAGUUCCUCAAGAAGAACCGGUUCGCCAAGGCCGAGGCCGCGCUCCGCGGGGAGCUCAGCGCCACCACCAACGGGCAGAGGCGCGCGGCCGAGCCCUCGCCCAAGGAGGAGGACGAGCGGGACGGCUCCGAGGCGGGCUCCGCCGCGGGGCCGAGAGGCGCCGCUUCUUCCGUGAGAAGCGCAGACUCGUCGAGGGAGUUCAUUGUCAAGGAGAUUGACGUCGGAGGCCUGGCGAAUGGAUCUGAUGGGAAGAAGGGGCUCGGGAUUGGCCUGCCUCUGGAGAACAGCAACACAGGGGAUCUGUAUCCGUGGAACUUCAGCAUUGCCAACAGCACCGUGGAGCAGCUGGCUGAGCUUCUGGUGUCUGAGGAAGUGCCAAGGCAUCGCCGCACGUUGUUAACUGAGAAGAGGGACCGUGGUGUUGGGACCGAGCAGCCUGGUCCGGUGCUGGAGCAGAAGGUGUCGUUUGGAAGAGGGAAGGGGAAAGUUGACACCGCAGGGAGAAGUGAAGUCAGUGAACCAGGCCAUUCGAGUGACAAGAAUCUGGUCCCAGAAAAGGAGGAGCCCUUGAAUGGCUAUGCAGUCAAGACAGUGCUUCCGUUUCCUACAGAAAUCCCGUCGUCUAGUUAUCAUAGUACGCACCAGGAUGGAAAUGAGAGGAAAGAUACGAAGAAGAGCGUCAAUGCCGAUGGUUCGGGAAAAGCAGCAAAGAGGCAGCCUGAUGAGGGGAGCAGGCAGUAUUACCCAGGGAAGUCCCAGAGUAAUGUGGAUCACGUUGCUGACCGUUGCUUCGACCUGCAGCUUAUGGGAAAUAGCCAACGCGAAGAGUUUCCAAAGUUGCCUCCUGUGCGUCUCAAGUCCGAGGAUAAGCUUGUUAAUAUGAACUGGGAGGAGAAGAUCGAUCAUCAUGGAUCUGGAUCCAACGACCCUAGUACUGACCAUGUCUUUAUGAUUGGCUCUUAUCUUAAUGUUCCCAUUGGGCAGGACAUUACAUCAUCAGGUGGAAGACGCACGGUUGGCAGUAGUUGGUUAUCCGUCAGCCAAGGCAUUGCAGAGGAUACUCCUGACAUGGUUUUUGACACACUUGGUGAUGAUUUGCUUGAGUAUCCAAAUGAGUAUUGGGACUCUGAUGAGUAUGACGAUGACGACGAUGUUGGCUACACCCGACAACCAAUUGAGGAUGAAACUUGGUUUCUUGCACAUGAGAUUGACUAUCCUAGUGACAAUGAGAAGCCAACUGGUCACACAAGUGGUGCUGAUCGACAUGAUCGUCCUACAAAGGAUGAUGAUGAUGACCAAUCAUUUGUUGAAGAGGAUUCUUACAUAUCUGGUGAGCAGUAUUUUCAUGGGAAAAACAUCGCACCGAUAGGUACUUCGGAGCGGCCAAUAGGACAUGGGAUUCCUGAUAAUGAUAUGAUAGCCCAGUAUGAUGGUCAACUUUUGGAUUCAGAAGAACUAAAUUUGAUGCAUUCUGAACCAGUAUGGCAGGGUUUUGUGUCACAGAAUAGUGAACUAGGCAUGUUAGGAAAUGGGAAAUUCCUUAAUGAUUCUGCACGACCUCAUCCUGAUGACCCUUUUGUUGAGGAUGAUCAGCACGGUUCAGUCAGGUCAAUUGGUGUUGGUAUAAGUAGUGAUGCUGCUGACAUUGGCAGUGAGGUGCGUGAAAGUCUGAUUGGAGGAAGCAGUGAAGGGGACAUAGAAUACUUCAAUGAAAGUAAUCUGAGUGUUAGUGGAAAGAGACACUCUCAGCAAGAAACGGAAAAGAAAAAGGUUAAUGCGAAUGGAGCCAAACAGGACCAAAUAAAUUAUGAUAUCCAAAAGGGCAAUAUGCCACCAGGAGCAGCUUAUGGUGAUGGUGGAUUUUCUUUUCCACCGCCACUGCAUUCUGGAAAAAAUACCGAAUCAGAUGUUAAGUCUUCAUGGUCAAAGAAGGAUGAUUAUUCAAUCAAUGAUCCUGAUGACUGCCAAAAUGGCACAGUAUCAGAUGAUACACUUGCCACAUGGAAGAAAAGGAACAGUGUCUCUUCCCUAAGGAGCUCUCGAGAUGAAAUGACUUCUGAUGUUGUUAGAUCAAGAAACUCAAGCGCAUCGUCUGCUCUGAACAAUACUUAUGAUGAAGUGGAGGAAACAAUGAAUGCUCGUCAUCAGAAACUAGAUGAUGCACAAGAAGAGGAGACCGGUACCACGUUAGAUGACGAGGAAGCAGCAGCAUUGCAAGAACAAGUAAGGCAGAUAAAGGCCCAGGAGGAAGAAUUUGAAACUUUCAAUCUGAAGAUUGUGCAUAGGAAAAAUAGAACUGGUUUCGAAGAAGACAAAAAUUUCCAUGUUGUUCUCAAUUCUGUUAUUGCUGGUCGUUACCAUGUCACGGAGUAUUUGGGAUCAGCAGCGUUCAGCAAAGCUAUCCAGGCACAUGAUUUACACACAGGAAUGGACGUGUGUGUUAAAAUCAUUAAGAACAACAAAGAUUUUUUUGACCAGAGCCUUGAUGAGAUCAAGCUUCUGAAAUAUGUGAACAAGCAUGACCCUGCUGACAAGUACCACCUUUUGCGCCUAUAUGAUUACUUCUACUAUCGGGAACAUUUGUUGAUAGUUUGUGAACUUCUGAAGGCAAAUUUGUAUGAAUUUCAAAAGUUUAACAGAGAAUCAGGAGGCGAGGUUUACUUUACGAUGCCAAGAUUACAGUCAAUAGCCAUUCAGUGUUUGGAGUCGCUACAGUUUCUGCAUGGACUUGGUCUUAUUCAUUGUGAUCUGAAGCCAGAGAAUAUAUUGGUAAAGAGCUAUAGUAGAUGUGAAAUUAAGGUCAUUGACCUUGGCAGUAGCUGUUUUGAGACUGAUCAUCUAUGCUCAUACGUUCAAUCGCGAUCUUACCGUGCACCUGAGGUUAUACUGGGCCUACCUUAUGACAAAAAGAUAGAUAUAUGGUCACUUGGAUGUAUUCUAGCGGAACUUUGCACUGGGAAUGUUCUUUUUCAAAACGAUUCUCCUGCGACAUUACUUGCACGUGUGAUGGGCAUCAUUGGUUCCAUAGAGCAAGCUAUGCUUGCACAGGGGCGUGAUACUUAUAAAUACUUCACAAAGAACCACAUGUUGUAUGAAAGAAAUCAGGAAAGUAGCAGGCUAGAAUACUUGAUUCCGAAGAAGACAUCAUUGCGGCACCGCUUGCCCAUGGCUGACCAAGGUUUCAUCGAGUUUGUUUCAUACCUUCUCGAGGUGAAUCCGAAGAAGCGCCCAAGCGCCUUGGAAGCAUUGAAACACCCGUGGCUUUCUUUUCCUUACGAGCCAAUAUCGUCAUGA